AUGGAGCCAAAGCACCUUAUUGGAAUUGAGAAAGAUUUGACUGAUAUUGAAUUAUUUAUGAAAGAUGAAUCACACAAAGUUAGAGUUCUUGGAGUUUGGGGUAAAGGAGGAAUAGGCAAAACCACCUUAGCUUGUGCCGCGUUUGAUAAAUUUUACCACCGAUUUGGUAGGUCUUACUUUACUGAAGAUGUGAGAGAGGAAUCAAAAAAGAAUGGAAUAAAUUGUUUGGUUGAAAAAAUUCUCUCUAUUCUUCUAGAUGAAAAAAGGCCGAGAAUGAUUGGAAUGCCUAAUAUUCAGAGGAGCCUACGUAGAACAAGAGUUCUUCUAGUUCUUGAUAAUGUAGACACCUCAAGUCAAUUACUUUCUCUUAUUGAAGAAAAUCUUCUAUUAGGACCAAGUAGCAAAGUCAUCAUAACAAGCAGAGACAAGCAUGUUUUUGUUAGUGGAGGAGUUCAUGAAGUACAUAAGGUGGAAGAAUUAAAAAGGGAAGAAUCGCUUCAACUUUUUUGCUGGCAUGCUUUCAAGCAAGGCCAUCCCAAACAAGGAUAUGAAGAGUUAUCAGUGCAGGUAAUUGACUGUGCAAAAGGUCUUCCUCUGGCAUUAAAAGUUUUGGGUUCAUAUUUGAACUCUAGAAAUACAAAAGCAUACGUGAGUGCCCUUAAAACAUUGAGAAAGUAUCCAAAUAGGGAAAUUCAAAUUGUACUAAGGGUAAGCUAUGAUGGACUUGAUAUACCAGAACAGAGGAUAUUUUUAAAUAUUGCAUUCUUCUUCAGGAGAGAAAAGAAAGAAGAUAUUAUGAGAGUGCUAGAUGCUUGUGAUGAUGACCUCUAUGUGGAUAUUGGAAUGGAUAGGCUUCUAAAGAGAGCACUCAUAACAAUUUCAAGUGACAGCAGAGUAGAAAUUCAUGAUCUGCUACAAGAAAUGGCUGAAGAAAUAGUUCGUGAGGAAUCUAGAGAGCAUCCUGAAAGUCGAAAUAAACUUGUUGAAAUCCAUAUGCAUCGUAACGAUGCUGUAAAACUAUGGGAUUGUGUGCAGAUUCUAUCACUACAAGAAAGCAGCGUUAAGAGUUUGCCAAAUAGCAUCAAGCAUCUUUCAGAGCUUAGAGAACUUCAUUUGAGUGAAUGCAGGAGGCUUAGGUCCUUACCAGAACUUCCACCUUCUCUUACUUAUUGUUAUCUUGAUGAAUGCCAGCCACUGGAGACCUUUGGUUUCGCACUGAUGCGAGCAAUACAAAACUCUAGUGAGGUUAGAUUUUGUUAUCCCGGAAGCAUAAUCCCAGGGGGCUUCAAAUAUUCUCAGACCGCUAAGAGGUCCAUUAGUAUUGAUCUUACACCAGCUUCUUCUGACCAUUUAUUGGGUUUCGCUUCUUAUUGUAUUGUUUCCGCAUCGCUGAUCGACUAUUUACCACUAGUCUAUAGAAAAUUCCACUUUGAAGAUGAAAAGAUCUAUUACAGGUGUGACAGCAAACUCCGUUACCUCAGGUAUAUGAGUACAGAUCAUGUUUUGUUAUGGUACGAUCCAGUGGAUCACGUGUUGAGGGAAAACCAAAAAAGGUGA